GUAGGGGCUUUUUCGAAGGGGGGGGGGGAUUUGAGGAUUUACGUUAGUUGCUAAUCUGUUUGUCUGUCGCUUCAUGUGAACGGACACACAAUAAGUACAACAGUAAAAUUUUUAACACACAAUAUUCAAAAUUUUGAUAUGUUAUACUUAAUCUUUUAAAAAAGGCGUGGACGGAUAAAUACAAUUGCUUGUUUCUCUAGAUCCCAGUGCCUCCUCAUUUCCAGACCGAUCCAACUACGCUUGAUAUCUUCCUUUGUUUUAUUUAUUUGAAUUCUCACGUGGUAUUGAAUUCUGAGAAGAAGAAUUACAUUACGUGUUUAGGGAGGGUACGAUGUUUGAUUGUGACGUUUGAUUGGAAGUUCCCUUGGUUAAAGAAGUUGUGAACCGGGGAGUUGUGAUUCAGUCUCAUUGAUACUACCUACUACCCAGUAAAGAUCAAAGAGAAAGCAAGAAAGUUGUUCAAAAUGGCCAGACGUGACCGAUUUGACAUCGUUUUUAACAACGACAUAGGACCUGGCGCUGGCACAGUGAUGAUAGGCCAGAACAAUAUUAAUCUACACGCUCCAGCAGCUCAGCAAGCACCACAACAUCAAGAACCAAGAACUGAAAAUGGCCCUAAUCUUUCAGAGGAAAAAAAAUUUGAAUUCAACGAGGAAAGUUUUCAUCACUACAUGAAAAAGGCUCAUGUCGUUCUAAUCCAUAAUUACAAAUAUGAUUCACGUGAUGAACCGAUCAGGGAAGGCUCUGACAAGGAUGCUACAGAUCUGAAAAUGCUUUUUGAAACCGAGCUGGCAUUUCCUUUUAAAGAAUUUGAAAACUGCAGUGCUUCCCGGAUCGAAGAAAUUGUCGAGAUGCUGAGUCAGCGUGAUUUCAGUGCAAAUGACGGGUUUGUUUUCAUAUUUUUGGGGCAUGGCAAAAAGGAAGGUCUUGUUGGAACUGAUGAGAAGGUCGUGUCAAUUUCAGAGAUUACAAGCUCAUUCACAGUUGACAGGUGCCCAUCGCUAGGGGACAAGCCAAAAAUUUUUAUCUUCCAAGCCUGUCGUGGUGAUAAAUGUGAUUUGGGGGCAUUUGCAGCUGAUGCUGAACCAAUGGAAAAUACUCCCCUCGGGCGGACACUUCCUGUUGAAAGUGAUUUUCUUAUUUGCUACGCUUGUCCUGUUGGUUUUAGUGCUUUUCGCGACCUAGAAAUGGGAUCUUGGUUCAUACAAUCGUUUAUCUUCAUGACCAAGAAGUAUCGCAAGGAAGAGCACUUGAUGGAUAUUUUGUUAAGGGUCAAUUUCGACGUUGCUUCCAAGACCUGUGAUGAUAGAUUCAAGCAAAUUCCAAGUCAAGAAUGUCGGCUUACCAAACGCUGUUACUUUGCUUCAUGAAAUCAUAACACUUGCGUUAAUUUAGAUAUUCGCGGAUAAACCUGUCCCCGCUGAAUAUCCCCACUUUCCCGAACACCCUUGAUCCCGAGUAUCCCUCGACCCCAAAUAACCCUCGUGUUUUAUUUGACAACGCAGCAAAAGAUUUCAAUGCGAGUCCAUGAAAUGAUUCUUGCACCAUUGAAAAUUUUAAGCAUAAAUUAUUUACAGUUGUAUUCUAUCUAGUUAUGCCAAUGGCGCUGGCACACCCUCUUUUUCCGAUUUAAGUCCCAGAAGAGAAUAUUUGGGACAGGUACUAUUUUGGCAAAGCAUAUCGUGAUUUGAUGGGCGCUCUCUUAUUUGAGAGGGUCGCUCUCUUAUUUGGUAAUGGGCGUCCCCUGUUGGUUGCACGAGCAUUUUCGGUCGGUUUGUUGCCUGGGCAAUUCUGGUUUACACUGUCAUUAGCGUUCCCUGUCAGUUUCUAAAGCGUUUCCUGUUGGUUGCACGAACAUUCCCCCUUGGUUGCACGAACGUUCCCCCUUGGUUGCACGAACGUUCUCCCUUGGUUGCACGAACGUUCCCCCUUGGUUGUACGAGCGUUCCUCGUAGCGAGUGUUCACUUUUGGUUGCAGGAGCGUUUACUUUUGGUAAAAAGGCGCUUCCUGACAGAGAAGGAGAGCAGCAUAAAACGCUUUUUGUCUUCCCAAACUUUUGUAGCCGUCGCCGCCAUUGGUUUGGCCAUGCAUUUCAAUGGUCAGCUAAAUUCCAUAAGCACCCAAUAUUUGUAGCGUUUCAGCAUCUUAUCUAUAACUCACGUCCAUUAAAAAGGAGGUUUUUUAAAUACGGCCUAGAUUUUGCGAAAAUCGGGAUUGAUGUCAUCCAAGUUAGAAAGGAAACAAAUUUGUCUAAGUAUUGCUUACAGUAGACCUUAAAGACCAUUGGUUGAUAUUGUCGUUGCCCUGGAUACCAGAGCCCAAGAAACCGGAAGGAGAAUGGAGAUGAGAGACACUUUAUCUCCUUCAAUUUUUUUCCUUUUCCAAAUUUCUUAGGCUCUGGUAACAAGGGUAUCUUGGCGUGGACAAAGAUUAAAAAUAUUUUUCGCUGGGUGUGUAAAACACCGCAUCAUCUGUGUAUUUGUUUAUUUGUUUAGAUUAUGUGACAAAUUUGAUUUGUACCAGUAGCUACCUGUUUCUGUUUAACUUUUGUUUGUACAGUAAUCGAAGUUUCUGUAGAUUUAUGGUUCGAGUUAAAACUCGUUUUCUUUGUGACGAAUAGCUCUUGCAUUAAAAAAGAUGUAUGCAUUUGAUUAAAAAAUUGCUUUUGCGUUAUAAAUAUUAUCAUUUUAUUGGUA